GAUUGAGAGCCCGUGUAAAUGUAACGCAGCUACUCAGACGUCCACCAGUUCCAGCUGACCUCUGCAUGUGAUGAAGAGCCUCCAGGAGGACACGCUGAGCUCCUGGCUGCAGAUCCCUCGGCCUCCUGCAGAGGGAGACACAAGGUCCAGCACAAAAACCAGGCAGCAGCAGCAAGUGCGGUGCAAUCGACCUGAGAGGAGCGGACCCUGUUCCGCCGUCGUGAGGAAACACCGCACAAAUGAAGGGACCGUCGCGGAUAACUAUCACAUAUUCCUCCGUUUGAUUAUUGCUACACAUCAAACAACACCGUGUCCUUCCUCUCACCGGGAUCGCGCCGUCGCUCUGAGUCUUUCAUACGGAGGGCUUGCCUGUUUUUCCUCCGGGAGGCUGAAUGGAAGCAGCAGCCGAGGGAGCGGUCGGGCUGUCCGAGGCCAGGGACGGGAGCCCGAUAUCCGGGGCCACAGCAUCCGAUGAUGGGGACACCGUCGUUGGAGUUAGCUACGGGAUGGACGCCACAGACAUGGAUGCUGCUGCUAGGAAAGCCUUCAUCACAGAGAUGCCCUCAUCCUCAGGCCAGCCUGGUCAGGGAAAGAAGAUUGGCCACAGAGGGGUGGAUGCAUCAGGGGAAACUACCUACAAGAAGACCACAUCCUCAGCCUUGAAAGGUGCCAUCCAGCUGGGCAUCGGUUACACAGUGGGCAACCUGAGCUCCAAGCCUGAGAGAGAUGUGUUGAUGCAGGACUUCUACGUGGUGGAGAGCAUCUUUUUCCCCAGUGAAGGCAGCAACCUCACUCCAGCCCACCAUUUCCCGGACUUCCGCUUUAAAACAUACGCUCCCGUGGCCUUCCGCUACUUCAGAGAACUGUUUGGCAUCAGGCCAGAUGACUACCUGUACUCCCUCUGUAAUGAGCCUCUGAUCGAGCUGUCCAAUCCUGGAGCGAGUGGCUCGGUCUUCUAUCUCACGAGGGACGACGAGUUCAUCAUCAAGACUGUGAUGCACAAGGAGGCUGAAUUCUUACAGAAACUACUGCCUGGAUACUACAUGAACUUGAAUCAGAACCCUCGCACUUUGCUGCCCAAGUUUUUCGGCCUCUACUGUGUCCAGUCGGGCGGUAAGAACAUCCGCGUGGUGGUGAUGAACAACGUCCUUCCCCGCGUAGUUCGCAUGCACCUCAAAUACGACCUGAAGGGCUCCACCUACAAGAGGCGAGCAUCCAAGAAGGAAAGAGAGAAGGCCAGACCCACUUUCAAAGACCUAGACUUCAUGCAAGACCUGCAAGACGGACUGAUGCUGGACCAGGACACAUACAACGCGCUGGUCAAGACCCUACAGAGAGACUGCCUGGUGCUGGAAAGCUUUAAGAUCAUGGACUACAGUCUGCUGCUCGGGGUUCACAACAUGGACCAGGCGGAGAGGGAGAGGCAGAUGGAAGGCUCCCAGGGCGAAAGCGAUGAGAAGAGGCCCGUGGCCCAGCAGAAGGCCCUGUACUCCACUGCCAUGGAGUCCAUCCAGGGAGGAGCGGCCUGCGGAGGGUCCAUCGACACUGAUGACACGAUGGGCGGUAUCCCAGCUGUGAAUGGAAGAGGGGAGAGACUUCUUCUCUACGUCGGAAUCAUCGACAUCCUGCAAUCCUACAGGCUAAUCAAGAAGCUGGAGCACACGUGGAAGGCUUUGGUUCAUGACGGGGACACUGUAUCAGUCCACCGGCCAGGCUUCUACGCCGACAGGUUCUUCAAGUUCAUGAGCAGCACAGUUUUCAAGAAGAGCUCCUCUCUGAAGUCAUCACCAUCCAAGAAGGGCCGUGUGUCGUUGUCAGUGCCUAAGUGUGCUGGUCCUGGUGCAGCCUGGUCAGCCAGCCAGCUCCCCUCGGAGCGAGACGAGAACAUCUACGACCUGAGAGGAGCUCGCAGCUUCCCGACCCUGGAGGAUGAGGGGCGACCAGAUCUUCUUUCAUGUACUCCUCCAUCGUUUGAAGAGGCCACCACAGCGUCAAUUGCCACCACCCUCUCCUCCACCACCUCUCUGUCCAUCCCAGAGAGAUCCCCCUCUGACACUGCCGAGAACCCCCGCUACAGGAGGCACACCCAGUCUCUCACCCAUGACGGGAGGACCCAGGAGGAGCUGCGGGUGCGUGAGGAGGAUCAGCAGACCAUCACAGUGGAGGUGGAGUUGAAGAGACGCGACAGCGAGCCCGCCCUUUCCGUUCCACAGCCUUCCCCUGAAACCAGUGAGGUCGAGGAAGGAGCUGGCACAGAGGCUGCUGAUGCCGCUGCAGCAGCACCCUCCAGCUCUUCACCAGCACCUGAAGCGGCCUCCUCGUCUGCCCCAGCUGCUCCCUCUUGUUCAGGGGCAGCCAAUGAAGCCCCGUCCAGUCCCAAGGUAGUGAUGGAAGCAGACAGGGCCAGCCAGAUGUCCGGUUCAGGAUGCACCAGCCAGGCUUCAGUCGAUGAUGAAGAUGACGUGCCAAUCACAGAUAUCUACUUUUUUCCUGAUGGGAGGACCUGGGUGGUCUCUCCUUUCCGACAGAGGAGGAAAUGCCAGUCCAGUUUACCACCUCAAGACGACAGGACCUGGGUGUACUCUCCGCUACACUAUGGCUCAGAGUCUAAGGCCCUGCCAGAUGGGGAUUGGGAAAGAGAGACAUAAGCCCUGUUCUCUGGCAGAGAGGAGCGAACGUCUCAUUGGAGAGGACUCAUCGGUCUGAAGUCCAGACCUCAGCAGUAGCAGCAGGAUCUCUGUCUGAACCAGGAUUUUAAACAUGCAUACAGAAACCGAACACUCUGAGGGGGAAAGUGACUUGCGUACCAGAGAGGGGGGAAAAAAAAAUCCUGACAGUGAUGAACAUCACUGAUUUCCAACCAUCCCUGCCUUUCACCCUUGACAAAUGACAAAAUUAUAUCAAUUUAAUAAUAAUGUGUAUGUGUGACAUACAGUAGUGCGUAUACGGCUGUAGUCCUAUAUGUUUGACAUACAAGAAAGACCAUAGUAACUUACUGUGCCUAUGAGAAGUAUUCAUCCCACUUGGAAGUUUUCAUGGCCACAUUAAAUCCCCUUCGAUUCAAUGUUAUAAAACAAUAAAACAUGAUAACUUCCAAGUGGGGUGAAUACUUUUUUUAUAGGCAUUGAUACAGGAUGUUCUAGUUCACACAGGCACAGCGCUCUGACAGGCUCUACAGGCUUGGCCACUCACUGCCCCUCACCUGGUAAGCAGUUUAAACAACUGAAAGACAGUUCAACAACACAUAAAGAUAGAUAAUCACUUUCACCUUUGGGUCAAGAUUGGCCUCAACUCUCGCAAUGCUGCUGCUCGUCCUGCUCAGGUCUCCUUGCUGCCUGUGACGUCCAUUUGAGAGUAUAGGACAUGCGGCCACAUGUAGACUGCAGUGUGCUGAGGGAGGAGUGAGUGUUGGGGCCUGUGGUGUUGGAGGGCUCUGCUUGUGCUCAUAGAACUGGAGUUACACCGAUAACCAUCGUUUGGU